AUGUCCACCGCAGCGACCUCCGCCGAAGCGCCGCAGCCCAGCGAAGCGGAACGCAUCAACGCCCUGAUCGAGCGCAUCAAUGCGAAUGACGACGAUAUGGCCCAGUUGAUGCAUGAGCUAGAUAUGAUGGGGGACCCGGAAGAUAUGGAGGGCCUGCGGGAGCUGGUUGAGUUCAUCAGCCAGCGAGACCAACACACCCCAGAAUCCUGGGUGCACCUAGUCCGACAGUCAUUCGGGGAGACGAUUCCGGAGGGAGUUCUGGGAGAAUCUGAAAUGAAACUUUAUACAACUCUCUAUGGUGAACCGAUCAUCCAGGAGAUCUUCGAAGAGUCCUUAGCGGAGGAAGAGGAGCAGGAAUCUGACCAAUUAUUGCGCGAGAACGAAGGAGGGAACUGGGAAGAAAUCAAAUACGAGGAAGAAGCGGAGGUUGAAGAUGAUGUUCCAGUUGUGUACGAUAUGGAGGCUACCCCCGAGGAAGAGGAAACAAUCGCCAUGCGCCGGACUCGUGAAGUGGCUGAGCAGCUCGGUGGAGAGAUCAUGCUGGAGCAGUUUGAGAACGAGGCCGUUCCGGAUUCUGCUCCACGAGCUCACGCAUUGACGACAGAUGGCAAGUUCCAGACAGAUCCUAGCACGAUCAAUCUGCCAAAAAACACUGUCACCGGUCCUAUUUCGAUCAUUCUGUCCGAGUUCUCCAACAAGCAUAUCGCUGAUACCGCUCGUCGCCUGUUCGGUGGACCGGGCUUGCCUCAUUCCACUACAACUGCUCCUCCGCGUGCUCAGCUCCCACAGCUUGCGAUUCCGAUCAACGCAUCCCAAAACUUUAUGGGGGAAAUGGAGGCCAAUGCUUUCCUGGCAGCCUUGUACCCCGGGAUCUACGCCUCAACACUCAGCGUGCUGGUCGAACUUCGCAAACGAUUGGGAUCUGAGUGGAUUCGUGGACUCAUUUCUCAAGAAGGCGGUCCUAAUGUCCUUGAUGCUAGUGGCGGUGGUGCUGGAAUCCUGGCCUGGAGAGAUACUGUUCGUGCUGAGUGGGAGAGUAUGGUGCCCGAUCACCCCGAUGGAGAUCCUAUCCCGUAUGGUCGAUCGACUGUUCUGGCAGCCGCGGAUACGCUGCGCUUGCGUGCGAGCGCAAUUCUAGACAACACAACAUUCCUCCCUCGCUUACCGGACUACCUCCAUGUUCGCGAUGCACCAACCGUGCAUGAUAAGCGGGAGGCUCCUAAGCGGAAGCAGUUUGACGUGAUUAUUGCGCCACACUCUCUUCUCAACUUUGACGAAGAAUACGAGCGCAAGCUCUACGUCCAGAACCUUUGGGCAAUGCUCAACCCCAACGGUGGGAUUUUAAUUUUGCUCGAGAAGGGUCGCCAAAAGGGCUUUGAGGCAAUUGCCAGCGCCCGUGAGAUGCUGCUCAAGCGCCAUAUCGCGAGUCCCGGUUCUACGGAAUAUGAUACCGCCCUGGAAUCCCCCGAAGACAACGUGACCACGACCAAAGAGCCUGGUAUGAUCAUUGCGCCCUGUACCAAUCACUCGACGUGUCCCAUGCACAAUACUGCCGGGCCGACGAAGGGCCGCAGGGACUACUGCCAUUUCGAACAGCGGUACAUCCGUCCGGAUUUCCUGCAGCGCAUCAUGGGCGCUAAGGAUCGCAACCACGAAGACCUCAAGUUCAGUUAUCUCGCCGUGCAACGAGGCAGGGAUUUGCGACAAGAGCGCGGUAUUCGCCAGGAUUCCGAGGCAACAGACGCUGCAUUCGAAGGAUUUGAGCACCGAAGCGAAUCGUUGCCGGCAAUCCAGCCUCUUGCUCUUCCUCGCGCAGUCUACCCGCCCAUGAAACGCCGCGGUCACGUCAUUUUCGACCUCUGCACGCCGGCCGGCAAGAUCGAGCGCUGGACAGUCCCGCGCUCUUACAGUCGCCAGGCCUACCGCGACGCCCGCAAAUCCCACUGGGGAGACCUAUGGGCCCUCGGAGCGAAGACCCGCGUUCCGCGCAAUCUGAACCUCGGCGACAAGCACGGCGAGGGCAAGAAAGAGCGUCUUGCUCGCCGGGCCGCAGACAAGGCUGCGUCGCGUGAGGCUGACGAAGAGGGCGACAUGGAUGAACAUGCCCGCGACGAGGAAGAAGAGGAAGGCGAGGAGUCGGCAAAUGGCAGACGGGAUCGAUCUGCACUCCCUGAGGUCCCCAUGCGGAAGAAGGGCCAGAAUAUCCCGAGCUGGAAGAAACAUGCGGAUAAGAAGAGGAUUCGACUAGCCGUGAGGAAGCAAUCUGCGGCAGAUCUUUAA